UGCGUGGUGGAUGGAGAGAAAUAGCAACUAUAGGACCGCGGCCAGCCGAGACCGUUUAUAAAAAAAGAAACAAAACAUUCGUUUAGUUAAUUUUUUAAUUUCUAGCACGCAAAAUGCUUACCAGUUGCGCCAAUAAAACGCUGGCUGCCGUGCGCGGUGGCUUGCGCGCCAUCGCCACCAGUGGUGCAAGAACCAGCGACAAUUUGUUCGUGCAUCGGGAUACUCCCGAAGAUAAUCCCAAUAUACCCUUCGAAUUCACACCAGAAAAUAAAAAGCGCGUUGAAGCCAUUCUAAGCAUAUAUCCGGAGGGUCACAAGCGAGGCGCAAUGAUUCCGCUUCUUGAUUUGGCGCAGCGCCAGUACGGCUGGCUUCCCAUAUCAGCCAUGCACAAGGUGGCCGAGAUUUUGGAAUUGCCCAAUAUGCGCGUCUACGAGGUGGCCACCUUCUACACAAUGUUCAUGCGCAAGCCGACCGGCAAGUAUCAUAUACAGGUCUGCACCACAACACCCUGUUGGCUGCGCGGCUCCGACGAGAUCCUGGAGACCUGCAAGCAGCAGCUUGGCAUUGGUGUCGGCGAUACCACCAAGGACAAAAAAUUCACUAUUUCAGAGGUGGAGUGCUUGGGCGCUUGCGUCAAUGCUCCCAUGGUGGCGGUCAACGAUGAUUACUAUGAGGAUCUAACGGCCAAGGACAUGAAGGAAAUUUUAGCCGAUCUGAGGGCCGACAAGGUAUCGCCACCAGGCCCACGCAACGGACGCUUUGCUAGCGAACCAAAAGGCAAACCAACCUCAUUGUCCGAAGAGCCCAAGGGUCCGGGCUUUGGUCUGCAAGCGGGUCUCUAAGCAUUCGCAUAGUUAAUUAACCUUCAUUAUUUUCUUGUUUGAAGAAAACUGAUUACCAAACGAAAGAUGAUAUGGGAAUAAACCUUAAGCAAGUCAAAGAAAGCUAUGAA